AUGAAAGAAGAAGCAGUUGUGGCUACUAGCAGGAGUAGUAGGCUGCCUUCAGAUUCAGGUUUCAAUGCCGGUCCCGCCACCGCCGGUGGGGUAUCUACCGGGAUGUGGUCGUCAGCCCCGUCCGCUCGUCAAAUCAACUACGGCCUCCCGGAGAUGGGCAUGUUGGGUCUUCGUGAUGUGUUUGUGGUUGCUCCUUCCAGUCAUCAUAAUCUCUCCGAUCAUCAUUCCAUCAACUCAUCUGUUGCAAACGCCAACGCUGCAACGGCGCUCGGCGUCGGCGUUAUUCCACUUUUGAGCACCACUCCUUGUCUCAACGUUGAAGAAGGUAUGUUGAAUAAUCGCGGCAGCGGUAGAAAUAGCAACACCAAUAAUAACAGUAAUUAUAGUAUUCAGUUCUGGCAGCAACACCCUCAAACGCAACCACAUAAUUAUUUGAACAAGCCAAUGAUUUCCGAUCAUGGGUUUCUCCAAGGCAGCGUCGGCGGUGGUGGGUCGACGUCAACUUCAGGUUCCACCAUGACUUGUCAAGACUGCGGCAAUCAGGCAAAAAAAGAUUGCACCCACCGGCGGUGCCGGACUUGCUGCAAGAGUAGAGGGUAUGAUUGUGCUACACACGUGAAGAGCACUUGGGUACCCGCUGCUCGCCGCCGAGAACGUCAACUCAUUACAUCAACGGGCGCCGCCACUGUUUCCUCCGCCUCAACUUCUGGUCCUAAAAAGCCUCGCCUCACUUCUCAUACCACAACUAACUCACACACUUCCACUUCCAACACAACGCCUCCUCGCAGUUUUGAAACCAGUUCCAGUCAUCAUCAAGAUGCAAGUUUUAAGGAAUCAUUGCCCGGACAAGUGCGUGCUCCGGCGGUGUUCAAAUGUGUGAGGGUGACGGCGGUGGAAGAUGGAGAUGAUGAAUAUGCAUACCAAGCUAGUGCUACGAUCGGUGGACAUGUCUUCAAAGGCUUCCUCUAUGAUCAAGGAGUUGAAACAAGAGAUCAUUCAAACAUCCCCAAUUUUUCGGAAUUGCACCUGGGCGGUGGUGGUGGUGGCGGCGGUGGUGGAGGGAGGAAUGUGGGUGGUUCAUCUUCUUCACCGCUGCUUGACCCAUCUGAGGUUUAUGCGUCAUCAGGUGGUGGAUUGCUUGCAGGUUCAACCUAUGGUAAUCCAAUAAAUUAAUACUGGUUUAUUUUUCAAAAUUGUCUAAUUAAAACCCGAAUUUUCAUGGAAACUUGAUUGGCUGCGUGGCAUCGUGUUGUCCAAUCAAAUCGGCAUUAGGGUUUAUUUCUUGAUCCCUUCGAACGUUGCCCUAAACAUGUAUGUGCCUCGACAAUUCUUUCAUGCAAUAAUUUUGAUUUAAAUGGUGUUGCUUGAAUUCCAACUUGAAUUUAUUCUACUCACUAUCGUUAUUACUAAUGAUUCUUCUAUUUUGCUGUUCACUAUCAUCGGUCC